ACACAGACACACACUGCUUCGCGAGACGGGAAGAACCACUCACACCCACACCCACUCACCCACACUCACUCACUCACUCACUCACUCACUCACUCACUCACUCACUCACUCACUCACUCACUCACUCACUCACUCACACACACACACACACUCAGUGUAGAAUCGGCUAAACUGGACCCCAUUCACCACCAACUAUGAGGAUCAGGAUUCCAACGCGUCUGUGGUCCCCCGGCCGGCUGACCUCCGUCCUGCUGCUGGAGCUGAUGGUCUCCUGGGCGCGGGCCGGAGCCCCGCCCCCGGUGGUGGUGUGUGCGGUGGGGGGGCGGGCCCUGCUCCCCUGCAGCUGGGAGGAGGGCGGGGCCCACGUGGAGUGGCGGAGCCGCGCGCCGCUGGAGACGGUCUACGAGAGGUGGGGCGAGCGGACGUGGGCGGCGCCCGGGUUCCAGGGGCGUCUGGCCGUGGCCGCCGGGGCGCUGGCGGCGGGGGACUGCUCCCUGGAGCUGCUGGACGCCCAGCUGCUGGACGGCGGCGAGUACGACUCCUACGGGCUGCAGGGCGGCGGGCGGCUGGUCCGCCGCAUCCCGCUGCACAGCGUGCGCCUCAGCGUGCACGACCAUAAGCUCCAGAGGUCGGUGAGCGUUGGAGAGGACCUGACCCUGGAGCUCAUCACCCCCCAGGCCCAGAGGGUGGUGUUCCAGGAGAGGAACGGCUCCAGCUGGGGUCUGCUGUGGCAGAGGGGGGGGGCGGAGUCCCCCCGGCUGAGGAGGGUCCCGGGCCGGGAGGAGCUGGUGCUGACCCACCCCACCCCCGAGGACCAGGGCUUCUACAAGGUCCUGGACGGGCACGGGCUGGCCGUCAGCACCCUGCUGCUCAGCGUACGAGAGUCCCUCCCGGUACCAGAGCCCCACCAGGACUACAGGGAACACAACUCUCCUGUCGGCAGCACAGCUGUCGGGCCUCGCCCGCCCGGCUGUAUCCCUCUCUCUCUGCUCCUGUGGACGUGUGCGUUGGCCUCCAGGCUGACUCGGUCCUGAGAUGGACUGCUGAGUAGUUUGAACCAUAGAUUCAUUAUAUAGAACACUGUCUCCCCCGCGCUGCUGGCCAAUGGAGCCGAACGUCACCACUGGCGGCCAUCUUGCCACAGUCAGCUGCUCGCCCAUAACGUUGUUGAUAGGGGUAUAUGUACUUUUUAAAUGAGCAUAACUUGCUAAAUUUUCAACCGAUUUCCUAACGGUUUGGUUUGUUAUAAACGUCAGAGAUGUAGUUAUUACACUGCAUACUCAUGAACGAUUAUGUUGGGUUCUAACAUGAUAGAAUGUUCUAAAAUAAAAGAUUAUAUAAAAGAUAAAAGAUUAUAACCACGUUAAUAACGUUUGUAACAAACCAAACCGUUUGUAAAUCCGUCAAGAUUUCAGCGAGAUGAGAGUUAAUAGCGUUUGUGCAGAUCACUGACACUAGUGUUCUAUAUGUAUCUAUGGUUUGAACCCUGUGUGUAGCCAUCUGCUGACCAUGGCCGUGUGACUAGGUUGUGUUGUAGUUUCACUGGAUAUUCUUAACAAUGUUGAUGUAAAUUCUUUGUAGAACAGCUGAAGGGGUUCAGCCUCACUAAGCUGUUGUUACUGUCUCAAUAAAUGUCAAAUUAUAACAUUUUCCUCAUUAUGAGUGUUCUCCCCAAAAGAAACAGAAUUGUCUAUAAAAAGCACUUUAUACAGUAAAUGCACUUUACUAUCAUUAUCCUCACUGUUAUCAUUAUUAAGAAGAAUAAAUAUAGAAUGAAUCAUUA